AUGAAAAAUCAAGUGAACAGUAUAGGAUUAUUUCAUUCUAUUGAAGCAAUUUAUACAGGUGGAGCAAUCGAAUGGAGUUUGGAUGGAAAAAUGCUUUUUUCAGCUUGCGGCAACUAUAUUAGAGCGUCGAAUAUUGAAAAUGGAAGAGAAAGUUACAAGAUUGGAAAUGAGGAGGAUCUGUUACGAAUAUCUACUUUCUUGUUGAACGGAAAUUGCAAUUCCAUCGUAGUAGCUUAUACGAAUGGCCUUCUACGAAAUUAUCGAUUGCCUUUAUUAGAAAAUGGGUCUGAAGUAGUAAAUCCGGAAAUAAUCCGUCAAUGGAAAUCAACUCAUUCGGCACCGGUUUUAGUCAUGAAAUUUUCCAGAGGUGAUGCAUUACUUGCUACUGGAUCAGCAGAUUUUGUUGUCAAGAUUUGGAAUCUCGAGAAACGCAGCUGUGUUGGCUCAUUAAAAGGUACAGGCGCUGUAAGUGCUAUCGAGUUUCUUCAUAAAGCUCGUGUAGUAGUUGGCUAUACAGACGGCAGUUCAUCAUUAUUUUGUUUUGAAACUCCAAAGAAAUUGAUUUUUCGGUGGAUUAACCACACAAGCCAGAUUGUAAGCAUAAUUAUUCGGCAACUGCCGGAAGUUGUUUUUGUGAGUCGUGAUCAAACAUUGUCAAUCGUUAAUGUGGACAGCUACGAGAAAAUGAAAGUGCUUCCCUUGUAUGAGCCGAUCGAAGCAGCAAUUUUUAUAUCUGGAUCGUUGUUAACAGUAGGAGAGGAAGGUAUUUUAAAGUGUUGGAAUAUGGAAAACGCAAAAUUACUAAGAUCUGCAAAUAUAUGUAGCUCUCGCAUCAAUUCUAUUAUUUACAAUCAAAUCUGCAAGAAAUUUCUCUUGGCUACCUCGGAUUUCAACAUUUUUUGGAUAGAUGAAGAAACUUUCAAAAUUAAGCGGCAGUUUGCUGGUUUCAAUGAUGAGAUUCUUGAUGUUUCGUUUUUUGGACCAAAACUGGAAUAUUUGAUUGCAGCUACAAAUAGUUCUGAAUUGCGUUUUUAUAAUAUGAAUACUUGGUCUUGUCGUCUUAUUGCCGGUCAUACUGAUAAUGUUCUCUCACUGUCAACGGCACCGUGGGAUUCAAAGCUCUUCGCUAGUUCUUCCAAAGAUAAUACAUUUAUUAUUUGGUGCGUAGACUUCAACGAUGGUGAAGAAAUGAAAGUGGAAAAGGUAGGUAUAGCGACUGGACAUACUAAUAGUGUCACACGUAUUCGGUAUUCUAAUGGUUCCAAGCAUCGUUUCAUCGUUUCAGUAUCGAACGAUACGACGAUUAAAUUGUGGCCAUUAAAGAAUUUCAAGGAAAAAACUGAAAAUUUGAAACUGCAGUCGUCAGCAACAUUAGUUGCCCACGCAAAGGAUAUAACUUGCUUAGAUAUUAGUCUGAAUGAUCGUUUAUGUGUUACUGGCUCCAUGGACAAGACAGCAAAGUUAUGGCAUAUUGAUACAGAUAAAAUGCAUUUUACUAUAGGUGGCAUGUUAAGUGGUCAUCGCCGUGGAGUUUGGGAUGCUCGUUUUUCACCUACCACUCAGGCUGUGAUAACAUGUAGUGGUGAUUGUAUGAUCAGGAUAUUUUCGCUGCCAAAUCGAGAUUGCAUAGCCACAUUAGCUGGACAUCCGUCUGCCGUACUUAAUGGAGUCAUAGUGAAUGGUGGAAAACAAAUAAUAUCUGCGGAUAGUGGUGGUUUACUUAAAAUAUGGGAUAUAGCUGCAAAUGAAUGCAUCACAACGGUAGAAGCUCAUGAUGAGAAAAUAUGGGCUUUGCAAAUGACAAAUGAUGAAAGUAGACUUGUUACGGCAAGUAGUGAUGGACGAAUACGGAUCUGGGAAGAUGUUUCUGAAAAAAAGCGCGAAGAAGAAGAACGUAAUCGAGCAGAAAAGGCACAUAGUGAACAAGUUCUGACAAAUCUUAUGCAGCAGAAUCAUUAUGCUGAAGCUUUAGCAUUUUCACUAACACUGGCAAGACCAUAUAGCUGCUUGAAAAUAGUGCAGAGGAUGAUGGAGUUAAAAUCAAAUGAAUUGCACAGUGCGGUCAAAAAAUUGCAUAGUGAAGAGUUAGUAGUAUUGCUGCACUUCGCCGCCCAGUGGAAUACAAACAGUCGAACAGCAGAUGUUGCUCAAUUAGUGCUUUAUUGCAUUUUGCAUUCGUUCCCUCCCACGGAGUUAUUAAAAAUGCCUAACUUUGCUUCAGUGAUAGAAGCAUAUGUUCCAUACACAACCAGGCAUUUCGAUCGGUUAACAAGAGCGCGACAAAAUGCUACAUUUUUGGACUAUACUUUAGCGCAGAUGUCGCUGUCGAAUUUGUAA